GCGGCGCUCGCGUCAGUGCUGUGAAAGCUUCAAAACAAAAUCGUGUUUUGGCAACGGGUUAAAUCGAAUUUUAGAUUGAAAUGAUCGAGGAACACGACGAACGCGAGACAAUAUGCGACUCAGUGAAUUCACUGGUGGAAGGCUGCCGUUUGCCGGUUAGAAUGCAUGGCACGGACGACUGGCCACUUGCUGAAAUCAUCAGUGUUAAGGAAGUACAAGGUGUCAAGUGCUAUUAUGUUCAUUAUGUGGACUUCAACAAACGACUGGAUGAAUGGGUUAUGGAAGAUUCCCUGGACACUAGAAAAGUCCAGUAUCCUCGUCGAGAGGGAACAACACCAGGGACUGGCGCGGCAACACCAAAAAAGCAGGCUGCUAGUAGACCUCCUAGUCCCAGUAGUGUUAGCAAUGAACCGGUUAAUGGUAAUGCCGUGCUGCAAGCGGCACUACAAAAGAAAAUGUCUAGAAAAAGAAAAGCAACGUUUCUAGAGAAUGAAGAUUCUCAGGAUGGCCCACCACAAACGCCUGGUCCCAGACCCACUGGUUCUCUGGUUGCACAUCAUCAUGAUGAUGUAGUUACGAGAAUGAAAAACGUAGAACUAAUCGAACUAGGCCGCCAUAGAAUAAAGCCUUGGUAUUUUAGUCCAUAUCCACAGGAAAUGGUGAAUUUAACUUGUAUAUAUAUCUGUGAAUUCUGCCUAAAAUACAGGAAGAGUCGAAAGUGUUUGGAAAGACAUUUAGUUAAGUGCAAUUUACGUCAUCCACCUGGGAAUGAAAUAUAUAGGAAGGGAUCUAUAUCGUUUUUUGAGAUCGACGGCCGCAAGAACAAAAAUUAUGCACAAAAUCUUUGUCUAUUAGCAAAGCUAUUUUUAGAUCACAAAACCCUUUACUAUGACACAGAUCCUUUUUUGUUCUAUGUGAUGACGGACUUUGAUAGCAGAGGGUUUCAUAUAGUUGGUUACUUCUCGAAAGAAAAGGAAUCAACAGAGGAUCAUAAUGUAGCAUGUAUUCUUACACUGCCACCAUAUCAGAGAAGAGGUUACGGCAAACUCCUGAUAGAAUUUUCAUAUGAAUUAUCAAAAUUUGAAGGAAAAACCGGCUCCCCUGAAAAGCCGCUGUCCGAUUUGGGUUUACUUUCAUACCGAAGUUAUUGGGCUCACACAAUACUCGAUAUUUUACUGAACGUAAAGCCCAUGGUGGAAAAUGAGAAGCCACAAAUUACAAUAAGCGAGAUUUCUGAGUUAACGUCGAUCAAGAAAGAGGAUGUGAUAUCGACUCUGCAAAAUCUGAAUCUCAUUAAUUAUUACAAGGGGCAAUAUAUCGUGACGUUAAAUAGGGAAAUUAUCGAACAACACGCAAGUGCGAUGGAAAAGAGACAGAUCAGAAUAGAUCCUAAAUGUUUGCAUUGGACACCAAAAGACUGGAGUGUUAGAGCCAAAUGGUGAAGUUAGCCUCGAGUUGACAAUAAAAUGAUGCUGAUUUAUCCUGAAAUUACUUUUCAGGCAUUCUAAAAACGAUUAUAAUUAACAGAUGUACAAAAAUUGUACAUAUAUGUACUAAUUUUUGACCUCGAUGGUCUAGCGUUUUAAUGAGACUGUAUCUAGCGUUACGUACGCUUAUUGCAAUGCUUUAGAAAACUUGUCGAUACACGCAGAUCUCGGUUAUAGAGGGUUAAGAUAUUACGCGAGUGCUCGCAAAUUUUACCUGACAAAAUAUUUGCUGUAACAAAUAUAUAUCUUAAAGAUGCAAUGUUUUAGUAUAAUCAGAAUUUUUUUAAAGAUUCACAAACGGCUGUCAUUAUACAGUGGUCAAAUUUGUACAGAUAAUCUACCAUUCUUGUAGAAUUGUAAAUAAAUGUGAUUUUAUAACAUACUUACAAUUCCCUUACGGCUCAAACGCAUUUAAAUUUUAUAGAAAACUAUUUGUAUAGAUCUAAUCAUCAAAUUUCUAUUUAUCCGAUUUUUAGCAUAGAGAUAAAUGAAAAUGUGCAUCGUAUUUAUCAUGUAUUUGUAAAUAUCCACACACUUUUUCAUGUUGUUAUUUAUUGUAUAUUUUUUUGACAUAGAGAUGACUUACUUGUUAGAUAGUUACAAGUAGUCAUAAAAUUAGCGCGAAUAUAUUUGAGUAUAUAGCGCGUUAAUGUAUUUAUGAAUACGCAAAGGUAUAGGGACUGCGUUGGGCAAUUUUAUUUUGAGGACUAUGCUUAAAUUUAAAAUGAAGAUUUUAAACGGGAACAGAUAAACAGUGAUACAGAGAUUAAUACUAUCCAAAAAUAUAAUUUAAAGUCG